GCUAGCAGGCCCUCUAGUUCCAGGAGCUUCUCCUGCCUCCUCCUCCUAUCUGCUGUAGGUGUGCUGGGAUCACAAAUGCUUACACUAUUUACAUAGCAUUAAAGUUAUUCUGUAGCUUUUUUUUUAAUAUUUAUUAAGCAUCCAAUGUACUGCUGGCAAGGAAGGCACCAGAUCUCAUUACAGAUGGUUGUGAGCCACCAUGUGGUUGCUGGGAAUUGAACUCGGGACCUCUGGAAGAGCAUCCAGUGCUCUUACCCUUUGAGCCAUCUCUCCAACCCCUAUUCUGUAGCUUUUAUGUGGGUUCUGGGGACCCACACUCAGCUUGUCAUUUGUGUGGCAGUCACUUUCACACACUUAGUCAUCUUCCCUGCCCCACCUUGUCUUUUGAGACAGGGUCUCUCACUGGCCUGGGACUUGCCAAGUAAGCUAGCUGGCCUGCCAGCAAAACCCAGAGCUCCUCCUGCCUCCACUUCUCCAGUGCUGGGAUCACAAGUGUGCUUUACUUUCCCACAGCCACCUAGGGAUGGUGAUCAGGUUCUCACGCUCGCAAGGACGGAGCCGCCUCCGCUCCUGCCCAUUUCUCUCUAACAUUUUGCUUAUUCUAGGUCACAGGCACUAGGCACUGGCAAGAGCCAGACAGACAUGGGUCCAAGUUCCCACGACAGCUCCUCCGUCUACCAUCAGCUUCCUUUGUCUGCACGUGAAACAGGCACCUACCUCUCAACACAAAUGAGUGCGAGAUGCCACAGCCUCCUGACCCCAGAACCCCAGGCUAGCAAGACAUUGGGUGUUUUUGUAGCAAGAGUGCCUCUGACAGAGGUCAUAAAAAAUGUGUCUGUCACACGAGUGACUUAAAGUGCAUUCAUGCAUGUGUAUGCUUGUGUAUGUUAAGUACCUAUUUUUAUGUGAUGUUGGGAACUCAAGCUGUAGUCCUCAUGUUUACAUGGCAAGCAAUAUACUGACUAAGCCAUUUCUCUAGCCCUAAUAGAUAUGUAGAUAAUAUAUAUAUAAUAGGUAUAUGUAUAUGUGUGUGUGUUUUUACUUCAACUACUUUCCACUAAUGAGAUUUUCAAAUAACCUGCUACAGAUUUUAAGAAGCAGGUCAAAUAUUAUCCAUGGUAAUGUUUACUGGGUGUGCAUGCAUGUGUAGAGAAAGGGAAAAUGACGAACCCCUGGCACACAGGUUUGUCUUGCUGAGAGGAUGGAGCCCAGGGCCUCACACAGGCCCGAAAGUACUCUAGCACCAAGUCACGCCCCAGCCCCUCACUGGGGGAUUCUAGGCAGACACUACGUUCCUAGUCUUCUCUCCAGAUCCCAAACCUACCACUAGCAGUUCCGGGAUCAAAAGGAACUCUUCCGGGACCAAGAGCUCUGGGCUCUAAGAACCACGGUUGUAGGGUUCCAUGGCUGACGGUGACGUGGACAGAUGCCCCGGAGCUGGCCCGGAACCGGCUUCCGCGCUGCAACUCAUUGGCUCGUGGCCUCCGCCCCGCCCACAUGACGCAUAACGGAAGUCUCACUAGCAGGGUCCUCCCACGUGAUGUGGCACCGGAAGUCGGCCGCUCUCGCGCCAGGUUCUCCCACGUGACGCAGCCAUGGCGAGGGAGGGGUGAGAGAAGCAGAGGCACGCACGCACGCAGUUUGGUCACAUGACCCAUCAUGUGAUGCUGUCCGGAAGUCCUCGACAACGCUUUUGUCGCGGGUGGCCUCCGAGCUGCGGCCAGGAUGUUCUCGGCGGGCGCGGAGAGUCUGCUGCAUCAGGCCAGUCGUUUCGUCCUCUGUCAUCAGGCCAGUUGCUCCCCUUCCUCACCCAGCCUCUUCUGCAGGAACCUAGUGUGACUGAGUGGAUCCUGGAAAAACCAAGUAGGCUAGGGUGGUGGGAAGGUUACUGGAGGUCAUCCUACAGCCGUCAGCGACGUGCAGUGACUGCUGAGAGGAGGCUGUUUUCUUUUUGUUUCCCAGGAACCAAAUUCAAGCCCUAGACAGGCAGGUCCAAAAUUGGGCAGCAUACAAACUGUCAAUCCCAUCUGGAGACCACAGUAGGGCUGUCAGCCAUGGUUUAGGAUGUUGGGGGCCCUCCUUAGCACCCACAGGCCCGUCAUGCAGAUUUUUUUUUGGGGGGGGGGAUAGUUGAGACAGAGCCUCACUAUGUGGCCCAGGAACUUGCUUUGUAGACCAAACUGACCUCAAAUACAACAGAGAUCCACUUGACUGUGCCUUCCAAGUGCUGGGAUUAAAAGUGUGUGCCACCGCACCGGGCAGUUCCCUCAUUGUGGGCCUUUAUUUUGUGGUGUUAGGGAUGGAAUCCAGGGCUGCACACAUCUAAGCAAGUGCCCUUCUGCCGGGCUGCGGUCCCAGCCCUCUUUUCCUUGCUGUUAAGCUUGGAAUAGAAGCUGGGAAACUGAGUUCUGCUCUGAUGUUUAGUUUGGUCUCGGCAUGUUCAGUUGAAGCCAGUGACAUAUCAGGCUCACCUUACACUCUGCUGUAAUCUUUGCGCUUCAGUAUAGAAGCUUUUACAUCCCCUUCUCAAAAGGUUCACUGAAGCAUGUUUGAAGGGCAACUUGGGAGUGCUGGCAAUGGCGCUCAGAGGUAGAGUGGCUGCUUCCUUAUUAAGUGUAGGGCCCUGGCUUCAAACUUCAUCACUGCCAAUAAAGGCAGGGACCGGGGAAAGCAGGGUGUGGUCGCGCACACUUGUAGGUCUUGGAAGGACAAGGAAGGAGGAUGAAGAGGUUGAGUCUGAGCUAUGUAGUAAGUUCAGCCUGGGCUGUAUAGCUAGGCUCUCUGGGGGAGAGGAAGAGGCAACUUGGAUUAAAGAUUCCUGACUUUUGAAAGACUCAUAAAACCUUUUACUGAAUGUGUUGGCUCACUCUUGAAAUGUCAGCACUUGGAAACAGAGGCAGGAGGAUUGCUGCAGACUCCAGGCUAGCCUGAGCUACAAAGUGAGGCCCUGUCUCAAAACGGGGGGGGGGGGGGACUUAAAAUGGUAUGGUUUUUUUUGUUUGUUUGCUUUUUGGUUUUGUUUUUGUUUUUUUUUUUUUUUUGCCAUUGGAACAGCAGAACAAGGUCAGCCACAUGGCCUUUGGUAAAGGGUGUCACUAGGAAACUGGGGGUGCUACAUCUCAGUUCCAGGGGAGGAACCUGUCUGCACUCCACCCCUCCCAGGCACUGUGAACCUGGAUGGCUGCUGCUUGCUUUCUCUGUGCUGGUUAGGGAUAGUCCCCCAGUGGGGGACGUGCCUGUGGCUCAGGGCAGCACCGUGGCCUCGUUCCUUCCUUAGGGAGAUACAGGAUGAGGAGCUGCAGCGAUUCUGCACCCGGGUCACUAAGCUGCUGCAGGAACCUCCAGGGCCAGCCGCCGUGGAUGCCCUACAGAGGCUCUUCCUCAUCGUCUCAGCCACCAAGUAUCCCCGACAGCUGGAAAAGAUGUGUAUGGGCCUGUUGCAGAACACCCUCUGUUUGCCCACAAAUCCUGAGCAGCUUCGGGUCCUCUGUGCCGCUAUCUUGAGAGAGAUGUCACCUUUUGAUGACCUGGCCCUGUCCUGUGAUCACACCCAAAACACCCGGCAGCUUAGUCUUGUGGCCUCUGUACUCUUAGCCCAGGGAGACAGAAAAGGAGAGAUCAGCUGUCUGAGUCAGCGCAUCUUCAAGAUCCUUGAGAACCGGCAGCCCGAGGGGCCCAGCGUCAGGCACCUCCUCCCCGUCCUGACCAAGAUCAUUGGCCUGGCCCCAGGCACCCUCGUGGAAGACCAGACCAACCUGCUCAGCAGAAGGCUAGUGGACUGGCUGCGCUAUGCCAGCAUCCAGCAAGGCCUUCCAUACUCAGGCGGCUUCUUCUCUACACCCAGGACCCGGCAGCCAAGUCCCAUCACAGAGGUGGAUGGAGCAGUGGCUUCUGACUUCUUCACAGUCCUUUCCACGGGCCAGCACUUCACAGAGGACCAGUGGCUGAACAUGCAGGCCUUCUCCAUGCUUCGGAAAUGGCUGCUCCACAGUGGCCCUGAGGACCCAGGCAGUCCAGAUGCAGAUGACAGGUCAGAGCUGGAGGGCUCCACCCUGUCUGUGAUCUCUGCUGCCUCCACUGCCAGCCGAUUGCUGCCCCCUCGGGAGAGGCUGAGAGAGGUGGCCUUUGAGUACUGCCAGCGCCUAUUGGAACAGAGUAACCGGAGAGCCUUGAGGAAGGGGGACUCCGACCUACAGAAAGCUUGCCUGGUGGAAGCUGUGUUGGUGCUGGACGUGCUGUGCCGGCAGGACCCCUCCUUCCUUUACCGCACCCUCUCCUGCCUGAAGGCCCUGCAUAGGAGGCUAGGUGAAGAUCCUGGCAGUGAGCGGGCACUGGUGCCCCUUGCCCAGUUCUUCCUGAACCAUGGGGAGGCGGCCACCGUGGAUGCGGAAGUCAUCUACCAGCACCUGCUCAGCAGGCUCCCUUCCGAGCGCUUCUACAGCCCAACCCUGGCCUUUGAGGUCACAAGCUUCUGCACGCGCAACCUGGCCCAGUUCGACCCCCACUUCCUCAGCCUCCUCAGGUUGAGCUUCCCUAGUCUGUUCAAGUUCCUGGCUUGGAACAGCCCUCCCCUCACAGCCGAGUUCGUGGUCCUCCUCCCGGCUCUGGUGGAUGCUGGCACCGCCGUGGAGAUGUUGCACGCACUGCUUGACCUGCCCUGCCUGACUGCUGCCCUGGACCUACAGCUCAGGUCCUCACAGACCCCAUCGGAAAGGCCGCUUUGGGAUGUCUCCCUCAGGAUUCCCAACUGCCUGGAGGCCUUCCGGGACCCACAGUUCCAGGGACUCUUCCGUCACCUGCUUCGUACCAAGGCCAGCGGCUCCACAGAGAGACUGACACCGCUUCACCAGCUGCUGAAGCCCAUGGCCAGCUGUGCCCGGGUAACCCAGUGUUCGGAGGCGGUGCCCAUCCUGCUUCAGGCCUUCUUCUCAGCCGUGACCCAGUUUGCUGAUGGGGCCCUGAUCAACCAGCUGGCGCUGCUGCUCCUAGACAGAAGUGACUCCCUCUACCAGGUCCCUCAGUAUGAGGCCAGUGUGCACAGGGUGCUGAGCUCCCAGCUUCUGGUGCUGUGCAAGCUGAAGCCAUCAUUGGUGGUGGAGCUGUCACGAGAGCUUCUGGAAUUUGUGGGGAGCGUGAGCAGCAUCUGCAGCCGAGCCAGCAUGUUCACCUGUGUGGUAUGGGCCAUUGGUGAGUACUUGUCAGUGACCUGUGACAAGAGAUGCACAGUGGAGCAGAUCAACAAGUUCUUUGAAGCACUGGAGGCCCUGCUGUUUGAAGUCACCCAGUCCCGUCCCUCGGCCGACCUGCCCUGCUGUCCCCCACAGGUGGUCACUGUACUCAUGACCACGCUGACCAAGCUGGCCUCCCGGAGCCAAGACCUGAUCCCAAGGGUGUCAUUGUUCCUGUCAAAAAUUCGGACCCUGGCCCAGAACCCAGCCACCAGCUCCGUGCACAGUGAGGAGGAUGCAGAAGCCAUCCGUACCCGGGCCACAGAGCUACUGACUCUGCUGAAGAUGCCCAGUGUGGCCCAGUUUGUGUUCACACCCACUGCAGGUGUGUGCCAGCCUCGCUACCACCGAGACACCAACACAGCCCUGCCUCUGGCCCUGCGCACCGUCAGCCGGCUGGUGGAGAAGGAGGCUGGCCUCUUGCCAGGCUGAAGAAGGGACAGUCACCACUUGAACACUGACUACAGUUUAAGAGCCCGUGUGGCCAGCCUGAUAUUAGAGUUGAGCUGCAAGCUGGGACGACUGGAGGAGAGUGGGGAGGAAGGUGGACAUGGCCCUGAAGGUGGGGUCACUAGUUCCUGGGGAUGCGUCAUCCAGCUUUGUCCCUGUGGCUGGUCACACUCAGCGUUGAGCAUGUGAUAGAUGGCUGAGCGCUUUUUCCUAGGCUGAGCAGAAGCGGCCUGGCUACUCACUGCUGUUAACUCGUUUCUAGAGUUGGGGCGGGAGCAGUGCAGGACCAAUAAUAAGCUUCAUAAAGCUGCUUAUGCUGGGCAGGGGUGGCGCAUGCCUUCUAUCCCAGCACUCUGGAGCUGAGGCCAGCCAGGGCUACACAGAGAAACCAAAGCACGCACACUAUACACACACACAAAGAAUUUUAGUGCUUGUGUGUAGGUGCUAUGCACACACAACACACGUGGAUAUCAGAAGACAGCUUUGGUGACUCAGUUUCUCCUUCGUGUGGGUCCUGGCUGGUGUGAGGCUCGGUGACAAGCACUUUGCCUACUAAACCAUCUUGCCUUUCCCCAAAUAAACCUUUAAGUGCUGUGUACAGCCAAGAUCGUUCUGCCGUCCUCAGACUGGGAGAUAAUCAUGUUUGGCUCUGGUGUCUUGGAUGUGACAGAAGUGACAAGACCAGGAGAUGAGGCUGUAGCUCAGCCAGUGGAGUGUGUCCUCCGUGCACAAAGUCCAGCGUGACCCAAGCAUUGUAGUGCACACCUACAGUCCCAGCACUUGGGAGGUGGAGGCAGCAGGGUCAGAAGUUCAAGCUCACCCCUGGGUAUGCAGUAACUCGUAGGGCUGCCUGGACUACAGAAGAAAUUGGGCCUGGAAGACGACUCAGCACAUUAAAGGCUUUGUCAUAGAAGCCUGAUACCCACGUUUGACCCCUGGAUCCCAGGUGGAGAGCCAGGUGUCUGGUGUGUGCACACCUGCAGAGACUGCAUCAGUCCAAAGCUCACAGGCCUGCUAGCCUGGGGUAUGCAGAGCAGCGGGAGAACAAGAACCAACUCCCAGAAGAUGUGUUUGUUAUGUCUUCUUGCGCACACAAGACAUUUUAAAAGCCAGAUAAAUUCAGGUACUCAUGAGGAUGCCGUGUCUCCAGGGUACACCUGCAGUCGGUGUUGCCUAUUUAUGCUGCUUCGUAGUUGAAGGAUGUGGGGAGGUACAGAGGGCUCCUACGUGCUCCCGCAGUCCUGGGCACUUCCAGUCCUGUGCAGAAGUGCCCAGGUUUCAUGCUGGUGCUCAGGGCUGCAGGGUUCUGCUUGAGUCUUUUUGCAGUUUCCUUGAGCCCUGGGUUGGGCUGCUCUAGAGAACAUCAUAGCUGGAACUGCUCAGGUACUGUCAGUACAUGGCCACUAGGAGGCGCUGUUGCUUUUAGUCUAUCACUGGGCAAGCCUUUGACCCUACCCAUAGCCCCACCCUUUGCUUUCUGCAUCUGGGCUUUGCAUUGUGCUCUCCCUGUGUGGGAUCAGAGCUCUCUAAGAAAAGUAAGGCUUAAGACAGCAGCUGAGGUCUGUGACAACAUGGGGUGCUCCUAUCCAGGCCACAGGGAUAAUGUGUGGACCUUAUAUCCAGGUUCAUGUUCAGGGAAACCUCUGUUGUCACUAGACCUGCUGUGCCCUGACCAAUGCUCCUCCGAGCUGGGACUGGGCCAAUGUGCCCAGAGUGACCCACAGUGUCUGUUUGUUGCCACCUGUUGCCUGUGAGGGCAGCCACCCCUAGAGCAGGAGCAGAGGACAGUGGUAUUUGCCAUGCCCUUAAGUCAGGAGCACAGGUGCUUUGCCUGCAUCUAUGUCAGUGCACCAUGUGCAUGCAUUGCAUGCAGAGGUCAAAGAGCACCAGACCCCCUGGAACUGGUGUUACAGAGUUGUAAGGCACCAUAUGGGUGCUGGAAAUGGAACACAUGUCCUGUGGAAGAGCAGCCAGUGCUCUUAACCACCAAACCAUCUCUCCAGCUCUGAACACUGGCAUCCUUCAUAGUCAUAAGUGAAAUUCAGCUGACUCCACUGCACAGAGUUGAUAAAGCUUUGCCAGCAUGAACAAGAGCAGAGGUCUGAAAACACACUGCCUUUUUCCUGGUGGGCACCAGCCAAAGCUAAGUGCCCACUCAGAUGGCAGGGGCUGCCCUGGCUACUCUCAGAGGCAAGCCACUUGGGGUGAGGGUCACACGUGCUCAGUGGCUUUUCCCAUCUUAUCGUGGCUAGACGGCAGGGCUGGCCUGAGCACCCAGUUCCCAGGCUCUCAUGGGACCUGUGAAGCUUUUGCAGUCACGCCUGCUUUUAGAACUCUUGUGAUCUUAUUUCACAUGAAUACCUGACUAGACACAUGCACACAUAAGUCGUGUGUGUGUAUGUGCACACGUGCAUGCACAGGCAUUGGCAUACAGGGUGUUUGCCUCGGUUGCUCUCCACCUAAUUUAAACGCGCAGAGCACGUGUGGCGGUCAGAGGAUGGCUUCUGAGUCGGUUCUGUCCUAGGGACUGUUCUCAUGUUGUCGGGCUUGCAGCAAGUACUCUUACCUGCUGAGCCGUCUCAUCAAACCACCUUUGGUAAAAAUAUUUCUUAAUUGAAAAUAGUUAUUUUCACUCAAUUUAUUCUGAUAAGUUUCCCCUCCCUUACCUCCUCCCAGAUCCCCCUACUUCCCUACCUUUCUAAGUCCACAUCUUCUUUCUCCCUUAAGAAACCAAACAGAGCCAGGUAGUGGUGGUGCACACCUUUAAUCCCAGCACUCAGGAGGCAGAGGCAGGAGGAUCUCUGAGUUCUAGGCUAGCCUGGUCUACAGAGAGUUCCAGGACUACUCAGAGGACCCUGUCUUAGAAAAAAAAAAAAAAGGAUAAAAGACAUAUAAAAAGGCCAAGAGACAUAUGCAUAUGUGUGCAUACACCAGUAAGGGGAGGAGCCCAAAGAAAGCAGUUUGAGACAAAAAAUCUUAAAGUACCUGUGAGUUUGUGUUAGCCAUCUGAAGUGUGGGUUGUAUACCCAAUGGAACUUUCUUGGAGAAGCUAAUUUUUCUUUUGUGAAUGGUUGUUAAUUGGAGUUAGCCCUGUCUGGUCUGGAUCUGUGCAGGCCCUAUGCAUGCUUCCAGUCUCUGUGAGUCCUGAUGUGUCUAGAAGUCCUAUGGUGUCCUUGGUGUUAUUCAUCCUCAAUGGUUCGAGUACUUAUUGCUCUUGCAGAAGACGUGGGUUUGUGUUGAGGGAGCUGCAGGCUAUAUUCCUGCCACCCAGCUCCCGGCCACCUGGCUAGCUUAUGCCCCAAAAUAACAACACACAAACUGUAUUCUUUUAAACACUGCCUGGCCCAUUUCUAUUAAUGUGUGUAGCACCUUGAGGUGCGCUUACCAGGAAGAUUCUAGCCUAUGUCCAUCCUGGGUCGGAGCUUCAUCGCGUCUGCCCUGGGGAGCAGAGCUAUGGCGUCUCAGCUCAUUUCCCUUCUUCCCAGCAUUAUGUUCUGUUUACUCCACCUACCUAUGUUCUAACAUACCAGGGCCAAGCAGUUUCUUUAUUAAUUAAUCAAUGACCUUCCUCCAUCAGGUUUGGUUCCCAGCACCCACAUGGCAACUCACAACUACAUGGAACUCCAAUAGUUAUGAAUCUGGUACCUUCUAUUCUCAAAGGGCUCCCAAAUGUGCAUGGUACACAGAAACGCAUGCAAGCACAUACAUACAUAAAUGUUUUAAAAUCUUGAAUUUGGGGGCCAGAAAGAUGACGACUCAGCAGGUAAAGGCUCCUGUGCUGAGUCUGCUGACCUGAGUUUAAGUCCUGGGACCUACGUGGUGGCGAGAACCAACUCCCAUAGUUGUCCUCUGACCAUCACAUGCACACCAUGCAUACAUGUGCACUUCAUUCCAUGCACAUAAAAUAAAUCAAUAAAAAUAUAGGAUUUUUUUGAAAUACACUUUAUCCAGCAUCUUGGGCAUCAUCGAGUUAUGGCUGCCUGCCCAAGCAGGGUGGAAACAUGCAGCGACAGCAGCAGUAGGAAGGCCCUGCAGCAGGUGCACUGCAGCUCUUCGUGGCAAUCAGGAGAGGCAGCAUAGAGAAGCACUGGAGCAAGUAACAGGGCCAACAGAGGACCCUGCUACAUGGGCUGCCCUCCACAAAGGUCCCUUUCGUGUGAGGGGUGUUUGCAGUUGGCUCAGGCCUUGGGCUGGAGAGAGCUGCAACACAAACAUGUGGGCCCCAGUUUGAAUCCCCAGAACCUACACAAAGCCAGCUACAGUAGCUCAUGUCUACUCCUCGUGCUCUUACAGCUAGAUGGGAGGAGAGAGAAUCCUGGAGGCUCUUGGGUCAACCAGCCCAGUGCAUACAGCAGCAAAGAGAGACCCAGUCUGAAACAAGGGGGUAGUGAGGGCUGUUUCUCAGGUUGUCCCCUUACCUCAACACAGGUGCUGUGCACAUGCACACACACACACACACUUCCCAAACUCUUAAAAGAUGAGGACCUGGCCAAGUUCUUCCACUAGCUUUUUGCACACUAAAUACAUGGAUAGAGCUACUGACCCCGCUGAAGGUGUCCAGUGAGGCCAAGUUUGUUGACACCCAGUGUGGGCAGGUGCCAGCUGUGAACACAGCAUGCCCAGACCCUGGCUGGCUUCCCAACAGUGUAAAGGGACGUGGGCCGGGGAAGAAAGUCUUGGGCCCCAGCUCAGAGUUCAACAUCCUGCCUUGCUGAUCAGUGACAAGUGGGGACCAGUGGAGGCCAUCUGAGCAAGGAGAGCAGGCUCAAGCCUGGCUUGAGCCCAAGAAUAGGUUGGCUCAAUUAUCUAGUCUUCUCCAGGCCUCCAGAUCCCUUUCUUCGGAGAGAUACUAAGCAAUGUGAUUUAAAAUGAUGGAGGCAGGCAUGGGGAUCCUGCUGCUUGGUGGCUGAAGCAAGACUGCAGUGGUCUGGGAGCCACCCUGUGCUACAUCCUCCACAGUAAGUUCUACACCAGCCCAGGCAGUCUCAAAGAAAGGACCAAAAGACCGCACCACACCGGCUUGUGUUUCUUGUGUUCUGGCUGCAAAGGAGCUGCAAUCCUGGGUUAGAGGGUGGUCAGUCAACCCCAUUCUUA